AUGGAUGAAGAAUAUGAACAACGCAUAGAGUCUGCAGUUGAUAUAGCUCGCCACGAGCGCGACGAAAGACGCAAAAGAUUGAAAAGGGAACAAAACCCAGAUGAUCACAGACCAGUUUCAUAUAAUGAUAAAACCAGAACUAUUACUACUAUACCGUCCGGUUGGUUGGAAUGCCCUGCAGUUGGUGAAGAAAUAUGCGGUUUCAUAGUUCCUUCUAAGGUUCCGCUUUGUGAAUCCUUCGAAGUUCCUCCCGGAAAAAGAUACUCGUUGAAGCAACUGAUUCAUCGGCAGAGAGUUUUGGGAAGAAAGAUUGGUUUGGUGGUGGAUUUAACGAAUACUACUCGGUACUAUCCGGUGUCGGAUUUGAAGAACUUGGGCAUCAAGCAUGUUAAGAUUCAGUGCAAGGGUCGGGAUGCUGUACCCGAUAAUGUAUCUGUGAAUAAGUUUGUUCAUGAGGUCUCGCAAUUCAUAUCUCGUCAGAAAAGUCUCAAGUAUCAUGUUCUUGUUCACUGUACUCAUGGCCAUAAUCGCACCGGAUUUAUGAUUGUUCAUUAUAUUAUGCGCUCGCUUUUUCCUGGUUCUGUCAGUGUCACCCAGGCGAUCAAUGUGUUUGCCGAAGCUCGGCCUCCGGGAAUUUACAAAUCGGAAUAUAUUGAUGCGUUGUAUGCAUUUUAUCAUGAAAAGAAGCCUCGGGAUAUUGUUGUUUGCCCUCCAACUCCGGAGUGGAAAAGGUCUUCUGAUGAUUAUGGAGGCGGCUCGGCUGCUGAUCCAUUGUAUGAGACUCAUGAUGAGGAGAGAGAUGUAGUGAUAAUGAGCAAUGAUGAUGUACUAGGAGAUGAGAUACCUUGGGACCAGCAAGAUGCAAUGCGUAGUUUCUGCUAUCAAACGCUUAGGCUGGGUGUUGGGGCAAGAGGGAACACACAGUUUCCAGGGUCACACCCAGUUUCUCUUAACAAGGACAAUCUGCAGCUGUUGGGGCAACACUAUUAUUAUACCACAUGGAAAGCUGAUGGAACGCGAUAUAUGAUGCUGAUAACCAUAGAUGGGUGUUACUUGAUUGAUCGGAAUUUCAAUUUUCGACGAGUCCAGAUGAGGUUUCCUUGCAGAGACCAGACUCAUCACUAUACAUUACUUGAUGGGGAGAUGGUAAUUGAUUCUAUUAAGAAUACAGAUAAGAAAGAGAGAAGAUAUCUUAUCUAUGAUAUGAUGGCCAUUAAUCAAGUUUCUGUAAUAGAUUUGCCUUUCUAUGAACGCUGGAAGUUGCUUGAGAAAGAAGUGAUUGAACCUCGGAAUUAUGAACGGGCAAAUGUUCUCCAAUGUAGGAAUCCUUAUUAUAGAUAUGACCUUGAACCUUUUAGAGUGAGGAGGAAAGACUUUUGGUUGCUCUCUACUGUUAACAAGGUUUUGGAGCUAAAGCUUUCACAUGAAUCAGAUGGUCUUAUUUUUCAGGGUCGGGAUGAUCCUUAUGUUCCUCGCACACAUGAAGGCCUCUUGAAGUGGAAAUUUGCUAACAUGAACUCGGUUGAUUUUCUAUUUGAGGUGAAUGGUGAUAAUCGUCAGCUUCUUUUUCUGCAUGAACGAGGGAGGAAGAGACUGAUGGAAGGGAAUCGGGUUGCAUUCGAAGACGGUAUAGAUCCUUCUUCAUAUUCUGGAAAGAUUAUUGAGUGUUCAUGGGAUUCUGAAAAAGAUGAAUGGAUCUUCAUGCGGAUCAGACUAGAUAAAUCAGCUCCGAAUGAUUUCAAUACAUACAAGAAGGUAGUUCGGAGUAUAAGAGACAAUAUCACUAAGGACAUCUUGUUGAAUGAGAUUGGAGAGAUCAUUCGCCUGCCCAUGUAUGUUGAUAGGAUUCAAAAUGAUAGCAAAGCCCACCAUCAAACAAAUCUAGCUCCACACAGGUGA